AUCCUUGACUACGUUCCGCAGGCUGCCCUGUCUUCCAGCCCCUGGCCUGGCCCUGUAGCUUUAGGCUAAUGUGCAUGACUGGACGCGAUACUGCGGUCUGCUACUUAAAUGAGAUUUGUACCAGUCCUUUUUCUGAACACUGCCAGAUGGGCAAAGGGGGUCCGGCUAGAGGAGGCUUCCCAGCUCAGGGCCAUUUGGAGAUCCUGUGGGCUCAGAGAAAAGUCCUCUCAAAUGCAGGAGACAAGCAAGGGAAGGGAAUCUCAGGGAAGACAGCGUCUCACGGCUAUACCCGUUCCUGGGAAGGCCUGGGGCUUUCUUCUAGGCUUCCUUUGUGGGUUUGGGUUCACAUUUCUCCAUUUCCUCACAGGAUUGAGGGCUCAAUUUCUAAAGAAGGGGAAGUAGAGGGAAAAUGGGCUGUUGUCCUUACAAAGGAAAUGGUCUCAUCUUUUCAAUGUCCCAGGCCCUCUGGAAAGCCCACAGAGACCCCACAUUCCCUGCCUGGGAAUCUGAAUAAAAAUAACAUCAGGCCUCUUGGAAUAGCCACAGAUGUUGUUCUCAUUUUCAUACAUUUAGAAGCAAACAUAAACAUUGAAUUAAUUCUGGCACCCACUAGUGACUGCAGUCAACCCCAAUGUUACAGUCUGGCCUGUGGGCAGCAGAUGGCAGGAAUGUAGCAUAGGGACAGGGCCCCAGGACAGGACAGUAGUUACAGACCGCAGGGCUGGGCAGAGCAGGGCCCCAGGACAGGACAGCACUGCAGACCACGGGGCAGGGCAGGGCCCCAGGACGGGACAGUAGCUGUAGCCCAGAUGCAGUUACUGUUCUGGGACCUUCCUGAAGUAAGGGGCAGAGGCCCAGUGCCUCAGAGACCAAAUGCCUCUGAACUCUUUCCCCUCUCAAUUCCUGCGCCUUCCUCUAACCAGGGGAGGUCAUGGCUCAUUGACACGGCCUGAGCCCCAGAGAAUCUUCAGAGAGCUGCCCAGACUGGGAAAAAGAGGCUGGACACAUACAUCUUCAGCAAUACCCAAACCCCCGCAAACACACACACCAAGAGAAUCCCCACAGCAGGAACAUGCCAACAGCAUUGAGCCUUGUAAGGCAAUCUCUAAGAGGACAGGAAGAGGGAUAGAUUUGGGAGUGUGGGGAAACUUGGCCCCGAUUCAUUACACCUGCCUUUAAAGUGCACCAUCAAUGUUGCAUGCUGUUUUCUUCCCAUGUCUGCAGAGCCCUUUGUUCUCUGGCCAUUGCUGAGCAGCCUGACUCCCAGACAAGGCCAGACAGAUUGUUGUAAAGUUUGGAUUUCCACUGGCUCUCUCCAUCUAAUGAGCUGUCACUCAGAACUCUGCCUCAGAAGCCAGGCAGUGCCUGAAAGAAGUUGGAGGGGACGGUAGGUGUGACAGGACCCACAGCUGGGCCUGAGCCUCGCUGGGCUAGCAGGAAGUCUGGAGUGCCCUACACUCCAGCCCCAAAUUCCACUCUGAAGGACCAACUUAGCCUUUGAGUCACCUGGUCUCCCGAGGGCAGAGCCUAACUGUGGGCAAGGCCUCUGGAUCGUGCAUGCCCCUCAGGCCAGAGCCACCACUUGGCAUUGCUCACCUUCUCUCUUCACAGGACUGUCCUCUGGAAUGGCUUGAGAUGGAGCCCCAAACCCCUGGGCCCCCACAGCCUAUGCUGGGUCCUGCAGAUCUCACAACUGGAAUCCUUUCUUUGAAGUAUCCAGAAGGCCUUCUUAAGAUGCAGCUGUAGGCUGGGCAUGAUGGGACAUGCCUGUAAUUCUAGCACUUGGAGAGAUUGAGGUAGUAGGAUCACUUGA